CUUUGUUCUCCACAACGUCUCAUCAUAGCAUAACAGCAAUUCUUGUGCCUUAAGUUUGCUCUUUUUCUUGCUUUUUUAUUUUGCUUGGGCAAGGGAAGGAGUGUUCAGAUUGCAUUAACCAAUGGCUUUUGAAAUGAGAGUUGCGGUUGCAAUUUCUUUGGCGCUUUUGGGCUUGCAAAGCGUUCUGGUUAUGGGUGAAGGUGUGGAAUGUGAGAAACUACCAGUAGAGAUGUGUGCUUUCUCGGUCUCGUCCUCUGGAGCUCGCUGUGUGCUCGAGAAGAAAUACACCUUCGUUGCCUCCACACACGAAUCAUCAGUAGAAUACCAAUGCCAGUCAUCGGGCGUAAUGGCGGAGAAGAUAAUGGAAUGGAUUGAGAGCGACGAGUGCCUGCAAAGCUGUGGGUUGCAGAGAAUGAGCGUUGGCAUGUCCACUGAUGAUCUUUCCAAAAAUUCUCAUUUCACCUCUAAAUUGUGCUCAGACAAGUGCCAAAACAGCUGCCCCAACAUUGUGAAUCUGUACCUCAAUCUGGCUGCAGGAGAAGGAAUAUAUUUACCUCACCUGUGCGAAGCCCACAAAACACGAAGCAGGAGAAUGAUAUUCGAGACUGUUGCACCUGGACCAACUGUGAAGACCUUUUCCCUUGCUGGACUUGCCCCUGCACCCUACUAGAACAUAUAUUAUACGCUUCUUUGCCAAUAAUAUUGUAUUUAGUUAAUACUAUGUUGUCCAUUACUCAUAGAUUAAGUAAUCUAUGGCUAUGGAUUUAGAAUUUCCCAUACAUACUUAUUUGCCAGUAAUAUUGUAUUCAAUCAAUCGUAUCGUUUCCAGUCUUCAUAGUAUAAGUGAUCUAUGAAGUUAGAAUUUCUCAUAUUGUAGAUGCAAGAAUGUCAAGCAAUCUAGCUAUAAAGCAAUUUGUGGUACAGAAUACAAUCUAGCUAUAAAGCAAUUUGUGGUACAGAGUACAGUCUACCUAAAGUUAUUAAUAAAAGCGCAUUUCAUUGCGAUUUGCGGAAACGUUAUAGGAUUUUUA